AUGGAAGUAACCCGUGACCCUCCGCCGUUGUGGCCACAACUGCCUACUUUCGUUUCUCGCCGACGGCCGCCGUCUCUUAUUUUCAGCCUCCCGGUCCUCAUCAUUCUCUUACCCAUUCUCGCAUUGCUUCUCUUGUUCUUGGUAGUCCCUCCUUUUCUCUCCGUCGCCGCUCAGAUUCUUAGACCCCUCGGUAUCAGAAAAAGCUGGGACUCCCUCAACGUUUUUCUGGUCUUGUCUGCUAUUAUUUGCGGCGUCUUGGCUCGAAGAAACGACGACUACGAGUCCAACAACGGCAACGGAAUUAGAAAUUAUAAUAUUAGUGAUGAUAGAAAGGCAAGCGGCCGUCAUGUUCAUGUUUCUCAACAAUGGUUUGAGCAUCAGGAAAGGAAGACAUACGAUGGUGGUGCUCCGAUCAACAUGAGGCCGUUUCCGGCAACCUGUGUUAGGAGGUUAAAGAGAAGCAGUAGCUCGUACCCAGAUCUGCGACUGGAUUCUUUGUGGGAGAAUAAUGAAGAUCGGUUUCGGUUCUUUGAUGAUUUUGAAAUAAACAAAUAUCGAUCUUCAACGAGUUCUGAUGAUCAAGUUCACGAGCUUCGUAGGAGUUGGAGGAGCGGAUUUGAAGAAUCAGAAGCCAAGGUUAUUCCUGUUGAUACCUUUGUGCUUCGUUCUUCUCCUUCAUCGUCUCCGUCGAAGUCUCCACCACCUUCAACGCCGCCUCCACCGCCGCUUACACCUCCGGUUUCCCGUCAUAAACCGAAGCGAAGUUAUCAGGCAGUUGGGCAGAAAGAUCAUAAGGUGAUGGAUCAGAAUGAUCGUGUUGAUUUCAAUGAGAUUAAAUCUCCAUCAGUAACACCACCACCGCCUUCGCCUCAACCCCCUCGACGACCACCACCGCCGCUAGUUCAAGUGGGAAAUAGAUCAGAGCAGAAGUAUGGGAAAUUGGAACGUAGAAAAAGUACUGCAACCAAAGAAAUAAAUAUGGUUUUCGCUUCAUUACGGAAGAGAAAGAGGAAACACAAGUCACAAGACCAUGAUCAUCAGCAAGAUUAUCCUUUGCAUUCUCCGACUGAGCCACCGCCUUGUUAUUCUACCAGCAUACAACCAACAUCACCGGCACCGCCUCCACCGCCUCCGCCACCACCUCCCACUUUCUUUCAAAAAUACAAUCUUUUCAGAAAGGGCAGCAAAAGCAAAAAAAUCCAUUCUGUUCCUACGCCCCCGCCUCCAUCGCCAACAGCAGCGUUUUCGUUUUCAAAACGAUCAUCUAAGCAAAACAUUCAGAUCCCACCAACACCACCGCCCGCACCAACACCGGCUACUUUCUAUACAAAAAGAUUAUCAACGCAAAACAAUCAGAUCCCGCCACCUGAACCUUCAACGACCCGAACUACGGCUAACAACGGCAAACCACAAAUGCCUACAAAAGCAAAUACUAUUAGUUACUAUGAUGAGAACGUGAACAGCGGCGGACAGUCGCCGUUAAUUCCGAUGCCCCCACCUCCACCACCAUUUAAGAUGCCAGAUUUUAAGUUGGUGAUUGGUGGGGAUUUUGUUAAGAUACGAAGCAGUCCUAGCUCACGGUGUAGCUCUCCCGACUUGGAAGAAAUUGAUGUUCCUUCAAGCAAAGAUGAAACGGAAACAGCCAGCAUGAUGGAGAGUGACGAUGGGGUUGGAGUUGCAGGCGUCCCAGUGUGUUGUCCCAGUCCCGAUGUUAACGCUAAAGCCGAGACCUUCAUCGCCAGACUCCGGGACGGAUGGGAAUUGGAGAAGAUAAACUCCAUCAAAGAGAAGCAAAGGAUAUAA